UGUACCUGGUGUGUUAUUUUGACAAUUGAUAAAUUCUAACAAUUUGAUGCAGCAUUGGUUUGUUUGAAAAAGAGAAGGCUUUGACAGAGACUAGGUACGUGUGUAAGAUCAGCUGAUGUGGUUGUGUGAUGCCAUAUUCAUGCAUAUUGAACUUGUUGGGCUUUAUAUACUGUGUAAUGAGCAGGAACAAGUUCACAAUACAACUUGUUUCGUACUACCUGUACUCGGAUAACCAACGCUAUCUAUUCUUGCAGAACUUUUUCCUUUGAUAAAUUUGCUGUAAAUAUUGAAGUAGAAUCUGCCUGUAUGUGAUUUGUAGAUAAUAUUCUUUGAUUCUGCCUCUUGGUCUUCUUAAGUUCUUGGUAGAAAGCUAGAUCUUAUUCUAGAUGAGUUUGGAAUUGAAGCUGGGCUGUUUUGUGCUCUUGCAGUUGCGAAUUGAUGUUGAAAUACAUCUACUACUAGAUCUGCUUGGAUUUGUGAGAAAUACAUAGCAUACCUCUACAGCUUACAAGGAGAUUCAGUGUAAAUUCAGAUCUAUAGCUCUCGGCCUCGAUCUAUAUUUUUGUCGAUUAUAACGUGCCAUUGACAUCUAGUAGGAUGAGAGGACUGUAGCCAGCUGUAAAUUGACCAGCAUGAAUUACGUGGGUCGCCUGAUAUCAGGGGUGAAAACCUUCUACAGCGAGAUUAACCCUGCUACGCUGACUGGUGCCAUCGAUGUCAUCGUGGUGAAGCAACCCGAUGGUUCUCUUGUCUGUUCUCCAUUCCACGUCCGCUUCGGCAAGAUGGGCGUCCUUCGGAGCAGAGAGAAAAUUGUUGAUAUUCAAAUCAAUGGGGAGCCUGUGGAUCUUUACAUGAAGCUCGGAGAAAGUGGUGAAGCUUUCUUUGUGGAAGAAAUGGAGGAAGAGGAUACUGUCCCUGAACACCUUGCAACCUCCCCUAUCCCCACCUCAGAGAACCUCUUUGAAGAGGGUAUGAAAGAGCUUCACAUCCAGAGACCAUCCCGCCACUCCCGCUCCGAGACAGAGAGCAGUCGUGAAUCAGAGCCGACCAUUAAGACCAUGAGCUCAGCCAGUCUGCGGGGAAGCAGUUCCCAGCCUCUUGGUAAAGAGGUGGACAUGCACUCAGUGGGAGAAAAACUUGCUGAUAUCAGCCUCGAAGCGUCAGGGUCGGGUAUAAAAGCAAAAGAGAAGAAGCUGACAAAGACAAAGAACUCCUUGAAGACCCUUCAGGAUGUGGAAGCAGGUUCGAGCCAGGAGGAGGAUGUGUCGUCCAAAGUUGAACAAAGACUCGGUGCUGGGUCAAGCCCUCACACGACGGAGAGCAUUGCAAUAGAAACUGAAACCAAAGCGAACAACUCAAGGAGCAGGAUCCGUGCAAAAAGGCGGCGGAGGAAAAGCGGGAAGGGCGGCAAGAGCGAGAAGACUCCGCCGCAAAACAGUAACGUCAGGAGAGUGGCUACAAUGUCAGAAUCCAGCACGUCAUCUUCGCAGCAUUCCGAUGAAGAGUUGGAAGGCAUCUUUCCCAUCGAUGAUGUCGAGGGUGAUGAAAAUGACGACCAUCAGGUAGAUCGUCCCGUCAGCUUGGUGGCUGAUGAAUUUGUAUCUCGUGAGGAUUGGAACAAUCUCACUACCCCAACUCAAAGACCUUUCCAUGUCUUCUCUGACGGAGACUACACACCAAUCGUCAGCCCCCAGGCCACCCGUCCAUCCACACCAAAGAGCGACACAGAAGCCGAUCAUCUACGGCAGUCAAACCUCAGGCAAGCCAACAAGGCAGCCGGAGUGGACAAGUUUGAGUGGAACUGGGGAGAACUGCCAGAGCGAACGGUCUCUCAGCCCACCGUUCGUAUUCAGAUAUCUGCGGUCGAAUCCAUCUCUAAGCAACCAUCAGAUAACAAGAGUAGGACCGACACCCAGCCCUCCACCACCCCCUCCUCUCCCUCCACCUCUCAAUGCAAGGGGGAGGAGAAGAAAGCCUCCAUAUGGAGCAAGAUCUUCAGCAGCAAGAACGAGGAUCCACGAGAGGGCGGGAUGUAUCUCCAGGAUCUGGCCUCGGAAGAGGUCGACCCAGAGGUCUAUGCACUCUACUUUCCAGAAAGCUCCCAGGUCCCAGGAAACCGCAUCAGGGCCAUCCAGGAAGUCAAAGACGAGGACAAGUCGUCCGACCUUGGCAACUCACUACCUCAGUCGCCGAACACCGUCGGGGUUAGCGACUCAGAAUCACACCACAGUACCACAGAUUCUCAUCACAGUGCAUCGGACCUUCACCAUGGCAUGGAGUCCAGCCAAGGUUGCCCCGAUACAAUGGAGUACCUUCGAGGGAUGGAACUCUCGCUUUGUGGAGGACUCAAAGAAGAUGAAGAUACCAUAGAAUUGGAUCAUUUUAAGAAGCACCUGAUAAGCUAUGAGGAAUUCAUAAAGGAGCCAAACAUGUUGGCCAAUCCUAAGCUGGUGAUCAGAAUCAAUAAUAAGUUCUUUAACUGGCAGAUGGCUGGACCAAUUAUCAUCUCACAGCUUGCCUUCCAGAAACCUCUACCAGUCGAUGUUGCUAGUAACCUGAUGAAAGAGAACCUUCCCAAAGGAAGGAAAAGUUUGACCUCUUGGUUCUGGGGAAGCUCACCUAAGCCAUCUACACCAAAGAAGGAGCUUGCAGCAGACUCAUUGCAGGAUGAUCUCUUGAUUCAACAAGAAGAAUAUGAAAGUACUAUGCAGAGGAAGGACUCUAUAGAAUCUGGUCCAAACUCUGCAGACGAAAUGGAGAUGGCCGGAGAGAAAUCACAGAAAAUAAGAAGAGGAACAGAAAGAUAUAAGAAAGCCAUCAGACUCUCAUCUGAACAACUGGCUAAAUUGAAUCUUCAGCCAGGAGCUAAUGAGAUCCGAUAUUCAGUGACAACUCGUUACCAGGGUACAUGUGUAUGUGAAUGUACCAUAUACUACUGGAAUUACAACACCAAAAUCAUCAUCUCAGAUAUCGAUGGUACCAUUACAAAGUCAGAUGUCUUCGGUCAGAUCUUGCCCGUGCUAGGUAAGGACUGGACUCACAUCGGCGUUGCACAGCUCUACUCCAACAUCAAGCUCAAUGGCUACAGCUUCCUCUACCUGUCAUCCAGGGCCAUCGGUCAAGCCAGGCUUACCAAGGGUUAUCUUAACAGUAUUCAGCAGGACAAGGCUUCAUUACCUGAUGGCCCUCUUCUGCUGAACCCCAGUUCUCUCUUCCAAGCAUUCCAUAGUGAGGUGAUAAUCAGAAAACCAGAGGAAUUCAAGAUCAAAUGUCUGAAAGACAUUGAAUCUCUCUUCCCAUCUGGCGGCAAGCCAUUUUAUGCUGGCUUUGGCAACAGAAUCAACGAUACCUGGGCAUAUCGAGCUGUUGGUAUCCCAGUCUCUCGUAUCUUUACCAUCAACCCCCAGGGAAAGGUCACCCAUGAAAUGACAAAGACAUUCCAAUCAUCGUAUCCAAGAAUGAAAGACUUGGUGGACCAUGUGUUUCCGCUUCUUCACCGGCAGACCAGAAUGGCCUUUGAUGCUCCUGCGGAGUACAGUGGAUUCACCUACUGGCGAAACCCUCUGCCUAAUAUUGCUCCCGAUGAUGAACUCCUCAAGUUGCCCUGAAACAGUAUCCCAAGAAUGAAAGGCUUGGAGGACCAUGUAUUUUCUACUUCUCCAAUUGCAGACCAAAAUGGCCUUUGAUGCGAUCAGGUUUACUUGCAGACUGGGUAUGGGUCUGCCCUUUACAGAACCUUGCAGUCAAUCCAUGUGUUGCCAAUCAAAUUGUCCAGUAUUUGAAGUUUUAUUUUCCUAGAAAACUGAACAUUCAGAUUUGGGUUUCAAUUUCUGUAUUCAGGUUGAGCAAAUCAUAACACAAAACUGCAAAAGCUUGUGACAGUGGGCACAUGAGGGACAACUCCCUCACCCCCCCCCCCGUCACUUUACGCCCUUGCAAUAACUUGUUCUGUUUUCUGCAUUUCAAAUGUUGGCAAAUCUGCAACUGUGGGGUACUAAUAAAAUCAUAUACAGUGUUCACCAUGCAGGAAACUCAUGGUCAAGAUGAUUAGUAGUAGCUGAAAGCGAUUUUUAACAAGCUCUGUGAAAUAAGGUCUUGAUAUAGGGAACCCAUUGAAUGUAAAGAGAUAAACUGACUCUGCUUCUGUCUGACAUUGCCUGCGUAUUGCACGUCUUUCAGAUACAUCAUAGUAGCUUCUGUAUUCAAUGUGCGGUCGUUGCUUUCACUGUAUGAUGGAGUUGUGUAAAUAUGGAACUUGUUGCCAAAUUCUCAGGAUGAAUAUUGAGAUUACAUGAUAACUCAUAUAUCGAAAAGGCGUAUGAAAUAGUGAGCUUGUUGGUAGAAUAUUACCGUCAGUCUGUAAGCACUGUGAGGUAUCUACCCGAUUAUGCAAUUUAUAAGCAUCAACCUUUGAUGAAAAAUGGAAAAUCAUGUAUGACUGUCCAUGGGUCCAAAUGUUAUGCAGAAUUUGGAUGCAUAUGAAAAUGAAAGUUAAAUUAUUUCUAUUCAGAUAUUUUGCUGCAAUCGUUGAGAAACAGAUAUUUUGCUGCAAUUGUUGAGCUGAUCUAGUCUUUUUGUCAAUUUGACAAAGUGGGCAUUAUAGUACUAUUAAUUUUGCAAAAAUCUUGUGUAUUAUUUUAUACAAUAGUGAUAUAAUGUUUUGCAUCUCAUGUGCUUGCAUAUGUUAUUUUUUGAGCUUCCAUAAAAAAAGUAUAUAUUAGAGCUAUUUAAAGUAACAUACAGCUCACUUUUAUUGUCUCACCCGGUGAAGGCGAGACUUCGGGAUCCAAAUGUUGUUUGCACAAACAUUAUGACACAUAACUCCGGAACUGGGCCCCCCCAUUGAGACCUCGACCUUUGGCAUGCAGGUUGUCUUGGACAUAAUAUACAAUUUAUUUCAUGCAAAUUGCUAUUUAGCGAUUAUGCUGAUUUAUGUGAAUUAGUAUGCGAAAUCAUACUUUUCCCUCUAACAAUUUUUGAUUUUCCUAGGAAG